AUGGUACAGACUGACCGUUGUCCUCCGGUGUCAAAUUACAAGGAAGAGCCGGUUGAUGAUCCCCUUCGACACGGUAGCUCGGUGCCUCUAGGUUCUCAGAAUCAACAACAACUUCAAACUCCACGACCAGAUCUAGCAUCACUUCAGAAGCAAGACUCUGUAUCGCCUGUCUCAACAACUGUUUGCCUUCCACCAGCAACAUAUCCUCCCCCUCCGUCUCUCGGAAACGGCAUUCUGCAUUCUCAUAGCUCUUACGGAUCGCCAUCACAAGAAACACACUAUUAUACCUCACAUUCGCCUUUAUAUUCAACGGUAACUGCACCAGCGCAAUACUCCUCUAGCGGGCCAUCUGACCUCAUGGCAACCACCGCUCAAAUGCAGAGACCCUCCUACCCACCAAUCUAUCAUACACCUCAGUCAAACUCUCCAGCGUCUGUAGCAUCACAACCACAUGAUCAGCAUGGCCGAAGCCUUUACACUCAGUCGCCACAGAUCCCACCCCAGAUGUACGGUUAUCCGCCAUACUCUCCGAUAAACCCUAUUCAGCCGCCUUAUGCAUCCCAUCCAUCACCUCAACCACACGCAAGUCUUACAACCCAAUCCAUGAUGAUGCCCCCUCAGACAAGUACAGCGCAGAUGUCUCCCCACCAGCCAUCGCACACUCCAAACACAGCUUUAUCUAGCAGCCCCGGUAUGAAAAUGGAUCCAGCACCACACUCCAGUGCUCAACGAUCAAUGCUCAAUCCGACUCUCCCAGUACCAACCAACGCCGGUAUUCCUACUGGACCAGUCCAGACGUCUCCACUAGGUGCAAGUUCUAGUGCAGCACCUGGACCGAUUCCCGCGACCACGCCACUUGUCGUACGACAAGACAACAACGGGGUGCAAUGGAUAGCAUUCGAGUACUCACGAGAUCGAGUCAAGAUGGAAUACACUAUCCGCUGCGAUGUGGAAUCCGUCAACGUUGACAGUCUUAGCCAAGACUUCAAGACCGAGAACUGCGUUUACCCACGAGCAUGCUGCAGUAAGGAUCAGUACCGAGGCAAUCGGCUAGUCUAUGAGACCGAAUGCAAUGCUGUUGGAUGGGCACUAGCAGACUUGAACCCAGCUUUGAGAGGCAAGCGAGGCCUCAUCCAGCGAGCUGUCGAUAGCUGGAGGAACAGCAACCAGGAUCCUCGGCUUCGCAGUAGACGAGUACGUCGCCAGCACAAGAUGAGUCGUCGACAGUCGGUUCAGCCCCCUACUCCCCAGAUGCCUCCUGCUGGCUCUAUCAGUCAUGGACUGGGUGCUGCUUCCGGUCAUCGUGGUAGUAUUGGGGGCUCUUUGAUGGGUCCACCUAUGACACAUCAUCAUGCUCAGCCAGAUGGUAGCCCUAAGGUCGAACAGGUCAGCGGCACCGCAGACUACAACCUCGGAGCCCGUCCCAUUGACACAGGUCGUCUGCCACCCGCACCCCUCGGUGCCACCGAUAUCCGACCGGCACAGGUCUUCCACGAUGCACACGUCAUCCCAGGACCUACCAGCAUUAGUCCCUCCAUGCCACCUCUACUCCGCGAGGGUGGACUCGGUUCUCUAGGCCGACACCCUACCAUCGCGACAUCUUCCAGCCGCAUGGCAUCCACCACCGCACCAACCGAACUAGAUGACGAAGUUAGUCCUACUAACGAUGAUCUAUUCGGCCAGCUACCUGACGGUAAGCGUCGAACCUUCAUCUUAGUCGAAGAUCCACAGCGCGGUUCUCGCGUCCGUGUUAAGGUGGGCCUUGAUAAAGUGAAGAUGGAUGAGAUCCCGGAUUCUUAUCGCAAGAUCAAUGCCGUGUACCCACGUACAUAUUUCCCUACUCAGAUGAAGGAUGCGCCGCUCCUUGUUGAUCCCAUGGAUGCCUAUCGCAACAAAAUGCGCACCAGUAUGAUCGCGGCGGGCCAAGAAGCCUCUGAAAUUCCAGAGCAUUUUGAUACUCGACGCGGAAAACGUCGUUUCCUGGAGCGGACUCGUCGCAUGGAAAGUGAUGCCCUGUCAGCAACACAGCGUGGCGCAGAAGAAGUUGAGGGUUAA